AUGACUGGAGAAACUGAGGCUUUGGUUAAGAAUAAGAAGGAAGCAUAUGUCAGGUAUAGACAGCAGGGAUCCAGUGAAUCCCUACAAGACUAUAAAGGCAGUAAUACUGUUCUAAUCUGUUAUUUCACAAACUGGGCGCAAUACAGACCUGGGAUCGGUCGGUAUCUGCCUGAUAAAAUUGAUCCUUUUAUGUGCACCCAUCUGAUUUAUGCAUUUGCUGACAUGAAUGCAAACCAUGAAAUUACGACCUAUGAAUGGAAUGAUGAAGUUCUUUACAAAAAAUUCAAUGAUCUAAAACAAAAGAAUCAACAAUUAAAGACUCUCAUAGCUCUUGGAGGAUGGAAAUUUGGUUCCAAGCGUUAUAACAACAUGGUAUCUGCUCAGACUCAUAGAGCAACAUUCAUCGACUCUGUGAUCAGGUUUCUGAAGAAAUAUGGGUUUGAUGGUUUAGAUCUGGACUGGGAAUAUCCAGGUUCUGAAGGAAAUCCACCAGAAAAUAAACAACUGUUCACAUCUUUAAUUGCGGAAUUGAGAGCUGCCUUUACAAAAGAGGCAAAAAAAACAGGAAGUGCCAAACUGCUGAUUACAGCUGCUGUGGCUGCUGGUAAAGACAAAAUCGAUGCUAGUUAUGAAGUAUCCAAAAUUUCUAAAUAUUUGGAUUUUAUCAGUGUGAUGACAUAUGAUUUCCAUGGUCACUGGGAUACCUUCACUGGGCACAACAGUCCUUUAUAUCGUAGCAAUGUUGAUAAGAAUGUGGCUUUGGAUUAUAAUAUUGACUCUGUUGUUAAAUACUGGAAAGAUAAAGGUGCAAAUGCAAAAAAACUGCUGGUUGGAAUUCCAACGUAUGGACGAAGCUUCAGAUUGAGCUCUUCAAAUUCAAAUGUCGGUGCUCCAGCGUCUGGACCUGGACCAAAGGGUGAAUACACAAGAGAGGAUGGCUUCUUGGCAAAUUAUGAGAUCUGUGACUUUUUGAAAGGUGCAGAAAAACACUGGAUUGAAGAACAGAAAGUACCAUAUGCAGUAAAGGAUGGUAUAUGGCUUGGAUACGAUGAUCAGCGAAGUAUAGAUAUCAAAGUUGAAUGGAUACGGGAGAACGAAUUUGGAGGAGCUUUAGUGUGGACACUUGACUUAGAUGAUUUUUCUGAUCGUUGCAAACAGGGAGCUUAUCCUAUAUUAAAAAUCUUGAAAAAGAACUUUGCAACAAAUUCAGAAGAAGAGGAGGAUAUACUUCCAAGACGUUCUGGAUGCAUGAGACAGGCCACGGUCCAGUAUGCGCCGCCCGUGUCUGAGUCCGAAUGA